CUGUCUGCCAACAGUAUAUGGGUUUCUACGGACCAUGAUGAAAUUGAGAAGGUUGCAAAGCAGUUUGGUGCUCAAGUUCAUCGCAGAAGCCCUGAAGUAUCUCAGGACUCCUCAACUUCUCUAGAAGCUAUCAGAGAGUUUCUUAAUCAUCAUCAUGAGGUUGAUAUUGUAGGAAAUAUUCAAGCAACAUCUCCCUGUUUACAUCCCAGUGAUCUUAUAAAAGUGGCAGAUCUGAUCCAGAAGGAGGGGUUUGAUUCUGUCUUCUCUGUUGUGAGACGGCAUCAAUUUAGAUGGAGCGAGGUAAAGAAAGGAGAAAACAAAAUGACAGAGCCCCAAAACCUGAAUCCAGCAAAACGGUGCCGGAGGCAAGAUUGGCCUGGGGAGCUGUAUGAGAAUGGCUCAUUUUAUUUUGCCAAGAGACAUUUGAUUGAGAAAGGCUACUUGCAGGGUGGUAAAAUGGCCUACUAUGAAAUGCGUGCAGAGCACAGUGUGGAUAUUGAUAUAGACAUUGAUUGGCCUAUUGCAGAGCAGAGAGUAUUGAGCUUUGGAUAUUUUGGCAAAGAGCCAUUAAAAGAGGUGAAGCUAUUGGUUUGCAGUAUUGAUGGAUGCCUGACAAAUGGUCGCAUUUAUGUGACAGAAGAUCAGAAGGAAAUGGUCUCCUACGAUUAUAGAGAUAUGGUUGGGAUCGAUCUGUUAAAGAAAAAAGGAAUCCAGGUUCGACUCAUCUCUGAAAGAGAUUGUUCAAAAACGCUGUCAGCCAUGCAGCUGGGAUGUAUAGCAAAAGUCAGUGCAACAAAUAAAUUGGAAGUCCUGGAGAACUGGCAAAAAGACAUGGGUUUGAGCUGGAAAGAAGUUGCUUACUUAGGAAAUGAAGAGUCUGAUGUGGAAUGCCUGAAGAAUGCUGGCAUGAGUGGCGUGCCUGCUGAUGCUUGUGCAGUUGCUCAGAAGGCUGCUGGUUAUAUUUGUAAAAGCAAUGGUGGCUGUGGAGCUGUCCGGGAGUUUGCAGAACACAUAUUCCUGUUGUUAGAAAAAGUGAACUCUGCAAGAAAGCGAAUGGAAGAAAUUAGAAGGAGGGGAGAUGAGAACAGCAGGAGAGGAAAUUAG